CCACUUGAAUGCAAGUUUCAGUUGGGAGAGUGUAGAAAAAUUGUCUUAGGAAGUAGGCGGCUGGCAGAAUGUAUUGUGCAACGUGUAUACUACGGUUGAGAUUUUGAUUGUUCAUACGUUUAACUCUGACGAAAGCAAGGAUGAUCACAGCGAUGAUGAUGAGAAUGAAUUCUUUGAUGCCAUAGAGCAGUUUCAGUUCACAACCUCUGUUCAGCUGCCAAGAGACAAUUCUAAUAUACAUCAUAGGAGAACACCCAGCGAGGGGAGUGUGGCAAGCACUGAAGCCAGCAGUGGAGAAGAGAUGCAGCCGGGGGUAGAGGCAGUCGUCCAGAUUAGCAAGUUGGAUGAGGGAAACAAUCUACCACACCGGUUGAAGACACAGCCCAAAGUAGGACCAAUGGUGAAACAGAGGCGUAAGAAGAUCCCUGAGAAACCCAACCAGAGUCUGAGUCUCUGGAGUAUUAUCAAGAACUGUAUCGGCAAGGAACUAUCCAGGAUACCCAUGCCGGUCAACUUUAACGAGCCGCUUUCCAUGCUCCAGCGGCUGACAGAGGAUGUGUUUUACAGUGACCUCCUCAACAUGGCUGCCCAGUGUGAUGACACCUGUGAGGAGAUGGCAUACGUAGCAGCAUUCAUCACAUCAGCAUAUGCUGAGACGUCGGUUCGUACGACCAAGCCAUUCAAUCCCCUCCUCGGAGAGACAUUCGAGUGCGAUAGGAUGGACGACUUAGGGUGGAGAGCAAUAAGUGAACAGGUGAGUCACCAUCCGCCUGCAGCAGCGUUUCAUGUAGAGAGUAAAGACUGGACGCUGUGGAUGGAAACCACCAUCAGCAGCAAGUUCCGUGGAAAGUACCUCCAGAUCUUCCCUCAGGGCACCGCCCAUAUCUCCUUCAAGAAGUCUGGUAGUCACUACACCUAUACCAGAGUUACAGUCACCGUCCAUAACAUCAUUGUAGGAAAACUAUGGGUUGACCAGUCUGGUGAAUGCGAGCUUCUUAAUCAUACAACCAAAGAUGUCUGUCGACUAAACUUUAAACCCACCAGCUACUUUUCUAGAGAUGUCCCAAGGAAGGUAACUGGUGUAAUCAUGGAUGGCAACAAUACAGCCAAAUAUGUGUUAUCAGGGACAUGGGAUAAGAAGAUGGAAUGUGCAGAGGUGCAGAACAUCACGAUAGAGAAAUCAGGUCGGGGCAAGCCGGUCUACAACUGUGGGGCAACCAAAGUACUCUGGCAGAGGAAUCCUCCUAUGCCAAACUGUGAGCUGAUGUACAACUUCAACGAGCUGGCUGUGACCAUGAAUGAGCCCGAUGAUGAUGUGGCGCCCACGGACAGCAGGAACAGGCCAGACCAGCGUCUGAUGGAAGAUGGUUACUGGGAUGAGGCCAACCAGGAGAAACUCAGGCUAGAGGAUAAGCAGAGGUCAAAGAGAAAAAAGAGGGAAUCGGAAGCAGCACUUGCUGCUGAAGCAGGUAAACCAUACGAAGGCUACCGACCAGUGUGGUUUGAACGACGAAUGGACCAGAUCACAAAAUCCAUGGCAUAUACAUAUAAAGGAGACUACUGGGGCUGCAAAGAAAAGCAAGAAUGGAACAUUUGCCCAGAUAUAUUUUGAUGUGAACUCUGUCAGCCUCUCUUUUUGAUUUUUCUUCCUCGUUCGCAAAAAACUGAUUGAUUAUCAGCUGCUGAGAACGACGUGAUCCUCAAUUUUUAACGGAGUGGUGAUGACUUCCUAAGCAGGUUUAACAGCGGAUGCUGCAUGCCAGAGGAUCUUUGCAAAGGAAUAUAUGAAUUCCUUAUGUUCGACGUCAUCUUGGAAUGCAGGUCUUUAAAUGGGCAAUUAAUGAAACUUGUGAAAUGGUAAUGAGCAUCAUAUUUUGAAAUAGAGGAAUGGUAGAGUGAUGCUAUAAGUGGACCACAAUGGCUUCAGACGGUUUUACUAAAAAUGAGUUGGAUUUUAAAGGCUUAUUAAGAAAUGAAGAUUUAUCUAUGUGCAUUUGGAGAUUUUUUUUCUCAGAGAUAUACUAUGUGGAAUUAUGUGAUUAUGACAUGGAUGUCAAAUAGAAGCAGCUUUGGAUAAUGUGAAUGACUCCUAUGGAGAGAAAGGAUGUAUAUGACGAAAAACUUUCCGAAGGAUGAUCUCAAAAUGAGUGACGAUCGUUCCAAUUAUAUCCUUCCUUUGAUGUGAGAGAUUAACUUAGUUUAAUCUGAAAUAGAGAUUAUAUAUGGAUCAUGUUUUUUUUUGUCUGUAUUACAUUGAGUGCAUAUUGGGUUGCCAUUUAGACACACUCUUGCAAAGCUCAGUGAGUAUAUAUGAAGAAGAAAUAUCUAAUGACACCAAAUCAGUUUUUUUUUAUAUGAAGUAAAUUCCCUGAAUAACUUUUGGCUUAGCCAUGCACAGGGAAUUUAUAGAAGUUUAUAGAUAUUUGAUAUUUCUUACAUUGCAUUAUGUUGGAAAUGAUAUUGUCCCGAUUCUUUCAAUAUUUGAAGAAUACUGUUAUUGUGUUAGAUCUCCAUUACCCCAAGUUAAGUAUUCAUAUUGAAUUCUGCCCGAUUGUAGUAUAUGAAUCUAUUUCUAUUUACUAUUGCAAUUCCAUUUUAUAAGUACGCUGUGUGAGGCAAAUUGUAGUAUCCAUAUUGCACAAUUUAUUCUGCUGUAUACCUUAUGGAUGUGAUAUACUAAAUUUUAUUGAAGCAGUAUUUCAUUUUCAACAAAUGUAUAUGUGUGGAUUUGCUUAUUAUUUGCUUUAAAACAGCAAUAUUCAAGGUAGGAUUAGAAACCAAAUAUUAUUGAUAUGUUUAUAUUUUUUUUGGAGAAAUUAAUUUGAAGUAGAGAGAGAGAGAGGGAGACAGACAUAGAGACAAAGAAAAGGGAGAGGGGAGGGGGAUAUUAAUUGACACAGUAAGUGAAUGUGACACAAUUAUAGCACUGACAUACUCACUAAUUGUGUGAGAAUUGUCAAAGCAAAGCUGCAUGCACUAGUUGUUCUUUUGUACCUCUCUCACCCUCUCUCUUUCUCUUCUUGUGUUUUUUCAUCUCUUCUUUUACCUCCCUGUCCAUCUAUUUGUAUGUGUUUCACUCUCACUAUAUAUAUCUAUCUUCUCUAUCGUAUCCUCCCCCUCUCUCUAUAUCUUAUUCAUUCACUCUUCUUUUAUCUGUUGGAAAGUGAUAUAUUCUGUGAGUGAUCUAAGCAAAAUGUGCUUUUCAUUAAGCAUUUUGAAUUAUUCUCUUCAUAUUGUGCUAUAACAUGCCUAAUACUACUCAAAUUUUAUAUACUUUGCGUUGUGCUAUCAUCCAUAGCUUCCUGUAGCAUAUUUGUGCUUCACAUAUUUUCUUUCUUUCCUAUUUCUUCUAUCUCUUUCCCCCUUUAUUUCUCAAAUCAUAUGACAGUUUUAUCAGAGGGUGAAAUUCUGAAAUUUCAUUUCCAUAAAAUUCAUAUAUUUAUGUUACUCUAACAAAGAAUAAGAUUAAAUAGUUAUAUGAAUGUGCAAUUCGUAUUUGUAAUAAAAUUUGGAAGUUGCAUAAAUGGAAUACAAUGUGAUAAAUUAUGAUAUAGAUAGCAUUAACUAAACACUUAAAGAGUUUGCUAAGAACUUUAUAAUUUUAAUCAUACACUAGCACAAAAAUAAAAAAUAUUCAUCUGUAAUGGACUGUUGAAAGUAUGUUACACUGUAAAUUCAUUUAUUUGGAAUAUAACUUUUGCUACUGUUUUACACAAUUGUUAAAUUUCCUCCAGAAAAACGGCCUCUUUCCACUAAUCAUACUAAAUAAAGGAUGAUUUCAUUAGAAUAUUGUCCAGAAAAUUAACACAAUCUCUUCUAAAUUCUCAGCCAGCUUUGUACAUUCUUUAUUUGAGCAAUACACGUUAUUACAUGUAUAUCAUUUUGUUUUGUUUAUGUGAUAUAUCCUCUUCUUGUGGAAUGCCUCCAUCUUAUUGCUAAGUUUCAAUAAAGCAUAUUCUGACACUUCAAUGUUUUGUUGAAGAUCAUAUCAUAGCCACUAUGCUAAAGGAAACCCUCACUGGACUGUUAUUAGAAGUUCUUCCUACAUGUGUUUGUAUACUUUCAUGUACAUGGUUGCUGAAAUGUGAUUCUUAAACACUAAUCAUUAACUUUACAACAUUUUAAUCACAAAAAUGUCAAUUUUAUUUGAAAUGACUUUAGUUUGCUUCUAAACGAUCGAUAAAUCGUUUUAAAUUGUUAUUUUUCUUUCAUGCAUUCUAUUGAUAAUGGCUACAUUUAAAGAUGUAGACCUUGCAGCUGUCCACAUAGUAUGAUUUCAAUAAAGGUGUUGGUGUUUGGUGUUAAUGUUUAGCAAGUGAAUAAGGCUACUGAGCUGAGCUCAUACACCAAAUUCAAGUUUAGGAGAUGAUAGUAUGGUGAUAUAUAUUCACGGCUUACCACUAAGUAAUGGCAUUCACAAUCAUUUCAAGUUUGGUGUUAAUUUUGUCCACCACCAGCUUUAACACCAAAUUAAAAUAUUGCCUAUUUCAUGGUUCAUGGCUCCCAUACUAAGUGGCAUUUCUUCUAGUUUAUUUACUGUGUGUGAUUUCCUUAACCUCAGGAUUUGUCUUAUAAUUCUAGUAUUAAAUUAAAUGAUUAGCUGUUUAACAGUAAACAAAGAGGAGAGGUUCAUCCUGACAUAAGUUUAUUUCAAAUGGAAGUGGAAAUCAUUACCCAUCAAGUGAUUCAAUACACAAAUUCUCAAUGGGAUGAAUUUAACCAAAGUAACAGAAGUAUUGCUCUUUAUUAUAAAUCAGUUGUGUAUGGCAAUGGUGUAUGAAUCUACCCAUGGGUCCCGUAACACAAAGGUUAGCGAUUAAUUGUAUGCUUGAUUUUCACUUUGAUUGUACAUCGGAAAGUAUGGGUUGAUGUUUCUGAGGGAGUGAUUAAUCAAAUUUAAACACAAAUCGGCCACUGAUGUGUUGUCCAAUUUUAUCUCUUUUAUUUCCUUUUUUUUUCUUUUCUGUGCUUCCAUUGAAAGAAACAUUUUUUCAUGGUGAACUUCCCCUUAAAGAGUAGAAAAUCUAAAUGAUAAUCUCUGAGAAAAGAGAAGUUAGCACAGGUAUAAAUAUGAGCUACCUGAAGUAGUAUGUGUGGAGUUACAUGCUAAAAUAUAUCUGUUAUAAGCUACUGAAAUAAUGGAAUCUGAUUGGCUGAGAGCAAUGUUAUAAAAAAGAAAUGUAGUAAGGUGGGCUAUUGAUAACAAAUUAUAUGAUGGAGUGCGGCUGGAUGUAAUUCAAUUCAAUGCUGUCAUCAGAACUAUUUUACCUCUCAGUUCAAUACACAUAUUGAAAAACAAGUUAAAUGGGAUGAUAUGACAUGUUUAUUGUGCAUUAUUAUGCAUCUAAGUAUGGUUUGCGAUUCAAGGGGUAUUUUGCUAACAGAUUUUGGGAAAUUUCUGAUCCAAGAGAAAUUACAUUUAUUAUACUUAUUUUGAGUAAUAAAUUGCAUACCACUCCAUGUUCAAUUAGAAUACAUAUUGGUGAGCAAAGUUACAUGAUCUUGAAUAGUAGAAUUUGAGUUGAAUGGUAAGCAAGAUUCAGUAAAAGGCAAGUUUUAAACGUUGAUAUUAAGUAGUUUGGUGCAUCCACUUAAAUUAUUUUCUGCAAAGGAUAUGUAUACUUUACAUGUAUAUAUGCUUCCAUUUAAAUAAGCUUGAGUGCUGCAGGCCAAAACACCAUAUCACUGCACAUAAAAUGUACAUGUACGCAUAGUUUCAGUUGGAAAGAGGAACACUUAUCCUUUAUUAUGGUGUAUACCCUAAUUUUCGACGUGAAAUUCAUCAUUUUUCCAAUUUUCCUAAAGAAGUACUGUCAAAGUUCCAUUUUGUAUAUUUUAAUAAAUUUGACACUGAUUUUAUUUUUUACUAUUCAUGUACGAGACUAAAAUGAGUAAUGUGGUUGCUUGGUUUUGGGCAUGGUAGAUUUGGUAUUUAAAUCUAAAGUAAUCCUGAUUUACCCUUCAUCUUAUGAAAAAUGUUAGGAUUAGGAAAAUAUGGACCGCCCCCUUAGGUCAAUUAUUGAAGAAAAUUUGGAAUUUUCUUCAUUUAUUUACAUGAUAUAGUGUGUUUUUAUGAAGAAUAUAUUCCUACCAUGUUGAUGUAAUGUAUAAAAAGAAAAGAGAAUAACAGAUGAAUGUACAUGUAUUAAAUAAUUAAAAAUAUUAAUAUAAAAA